GCGUCUCUUUCCGCUGUUUUUCGCAGUCGACCUUCCUCCAGUCACUCGGCAUCCCGGAGAGCAGCCAUGGACGCCGUCUCCUCGCUGGUGGGGCCUCUCCUCCUGGUCCUCCUGUCCUCCCUCCCCCACAGCUCCUCCUCCAUGCUGUGUCCCAAGCGCUGCACCUGCCAGAACCUGCUGCCGUCCUACACAGUGCUGUGUGCCAAGACGGGCCUCCUCUUCGUCCCACCCAACAUCGACCGCCAGACGGCCGAGCUGCGGCUCAUGGACAACUUCAUCACCACGCUGAGGCACCGCGACUUCGCCAACAUGUCCAGCCUGAUCCACUUGACGCUGAGCAGAAACACCAUCAGUCAGAUCCGGCCGUACGCCUUCGCUGACCUCCAGGACCUGCAUGCUCUCCACCUGGACGCCAACCGCCUCACCACCCUGGACGACUCGCACUUUCAGGGCCUGGUAAACCUGCGGCACCUGAUCCUGGCCAACAACCAGCUGCAUAGCAUUUCGGAGGGAGCGUUUCAGGACUUCCUGGAGACUCUGGAGGACUUGGAUUUGAGCUACAACAACCUGGUGAACAUCCCCUGGGACACCAUCGCCCUGCUGGUCAGCGUUAACACCCUCAGCCUUGACCAUAACCUCAUCGAGAGCGUCCCCGAGGGAAUCUUCUCCAACCUGCACAAACUGGCCAGACUGGACAUGACCUCCAACAAGCUGAAGAAGAUUCCUCCGGACCCGUUGUUCCUGCGGAUCCCCGUCUACGCCAAGAUGAAGGGUUCUCCGCUGCUGGCGCUGGUGUUGAGUUUCGGUGGGAACCCUCUGCACUGUAACUGUGAGCUGGUGUGGCUGCGCCGACUGACCCGAGAGGACGACCUCGAGACCUGCGCUUCCCCCAAAGACCUCGCCGGCAAAUAUUUCUGGACCAUCAGAGAGGAGGAGUUUGUUUGCGAGCCACCGAUGAUAACUCGCCACACCUCCAAGAUGUUUGUGAUGGAGGGUCAGGAGGUCAGCCUGCGCUGUAAGUCCAUCGGAGAUCCCGAGCCUUCGACACAUUGGGUCAGUCCAGACGGGAAGCUGAUCGGCAACACGUCCAGAACCAUCUGCUACGAGAACGGCUCGCUGGACAUCCUCAAGGCCUCAGUCAAGGAUUCCGGAAAGUUCACGUGCAUAGCAUCUAAUGCAGCCGGGGAGGCCACCGCUCCCGUCGAGUUAGUCGUCAACCCCUCGCCACACUUUGACCCUAAACUGGACCCCGACCCGGGGCCUUCGGACAUCCCCACGUCCAUCAAGUCCAAUGUCAGCGGGGGUCACGCCCGGUACGACCAGCAGAGGGUCAGCGUGUCGGAUCUAACGUCCAGUACUGCCACCAUCAGAUGGCCCCCGCAGAACCACAUACCAGGAGUCCGCAUGUACCAGAUCCAGUACAACAGCUCCUCGGACGAUAUCCUCAUUUACAGGAUGAUCCCCGCCAACCACAAGUACUUCCUGCUGAGUGACCUGGCGUCGUCGCGGGACUACGAGCUGUGCGUCUUGGCCGUCUACGACGACGGCAUCACCGCCCUGACAGGCACCAAGCUGGUGGGCUGCGUGUCCUUCUCCACGGAGACGGAGUACGGACGCUGUCACUCCAUACGAGACCAGUUCCUGGGAGGUACCAUGAUCAUCAUCAUCGGGGGGAUCAUCGUCGCCUCCGUCCUCGUCUUCAUCUUCAUCCUCCUGAUGAAGUACAAACUGCACAGCAACCACUACAAGCAGAAAGCCGCCGCGCGCCACGCCAACGUCUGCUCCCAGACCAAUGGAGGAGGAGGGGGAGGAGGAGGAGGGGGAGCCAACGUGCUCGCCGGGCCUCCGUCCUCCUCGGCGGGGCAAGGCGGAGGCGCUAAUAAAAACUGCCAAGCGUCAUCGUCAGCGGAGGGCAUGGGAGGAGCUUCUCUUCGAGGGACGACCGUAGUGGACUUAAAUCCCACCCGCGACGGC